GCUGCUGAGUCAGCGCUGUGUCACAGACGGACCCUUCAAAUGUCCUGAGUGGAGCAGUCGGGGACCAGAAGAAGAAGAAGCAGAGCAGUGGGAAACCAUGAGGAAACUCCACGCACUGGUCUCACUGAUCCUCCUCUGUGGAGCUGCAGCAUCAGAGCUCGGUCCUCGAGGUGCUCGUCCAGUGGAGCCGUCCACCAGGUCAGACAAUUGUCCUCCCCAGAAGGAGUGGCCUUUCUGCACAGAUGACGACUGGGGCCAUAAAUGUCCCUCCGGCUGCAGGAUCCAGGGUCUGAUGGACAAAAACGACCACAUGUUUCUGAAGGGGAUCGAAAAGAUCCGCAACAUGCUGGAGCAGAACCAAGCUAAGUACCGCACCACGGACCACGUCUCCAAACAGACCUACGACUACCUGAGGGAGAAACUCACCCUCGAAUCUGGUUGGUCAAGAUAAAACUACUACGACUUGGCCCAGAAUCUGCGCAAAAGAAUCAAUGACUUAAAAAUCACAAUUGACCGACAGCUGCGGAGCCUGAAGGCCCUGAAGGACCGGGUCAGAGACCAGGUGGUGGACAUGCAGAGGCUCGAGGUCGAUAUCGACAUUAAGCUGCGCGCCUGCAAAGGCUCGUGCAGCAACUACCCCGAGUACCAGGUGGACAGGGACAGCUACGUGGACCUGGAGAAACAGGUUAACCAGCUCCACAGCCAGGCGGCUCAGAGCGUAGAGACGGUGAAGACGCUGUACGUGAUGAAGAGCAGACAGUUGCAGGACUUGACGUCGGACAGCAACUACAAGUCUGGGGUCACAAAAACAGCAGCGCAGCAGAAGGUGGAUGUGUUCAAUGAGGUGAAACAGUUCCAGUUGGUCCUUGAGGAGGAAGGAUCGAAGGCGUCCCCUGCAACCAUCUCCAAGGACACAGGUACUUCUUUCUUUCCAUCAUCAUCUUCCACCUCCACUGCUUCCUCCUCCUCUUCCUCCUCCUCCACUUACUCCAAGUCCAUUACUGAGAUUGACCAAGGCGGCGGUGGCAAUUUGUUCAGUGGAGGCUUCGAAGCCUUCAGUCAGCCCAGCACCUCCCACGUGACCACCAGCACCACCACCUGCACCAGGAGCGUAAAGACGAUCGUGGUUCACACCAAGGACGGACCAGUAGAGAGGACGGAGGAAGUGAUCGAGGGAGGUCCACAGUGUCAGGCCCUGGCAGACUUCACCAAAGGAGGCUCUCUGCCCUCUACCUUCAGCCACACCUCCUCCUCCUCCUCCUCCACAACAAAGACCAUCCACUCCGGUGGUACUAAAGGCAGCCUCACCACAGACUCCAACACUGGUUUCGGUGACGUUGGCUUCGACCUCGGCGGCUUCAUGACCGAUGAUCCAGAGGACGACAUUCCUGAUUUCCACGCCCGGAGUGUGAAGAGCACGCGUGUUGAGCGACAGGCCAGUUAUGUAGGAAAAGAUUGUGCCGACGUCCAGCUGAAGCACUUGAAUGGCGAAACGAACGGCCUGUUUAAGAUCAGACCCGGCAGUUCAGACUCCACAACCGUCGUGGAUGUUUACUGCCACCAGGAAGGGCUAAUGGGUGGGUGGUUGUUAGUGCAGCAGAGGGAGAGUGGCGCGCUCGGCUUUAACCGUACCUGGGCCGAAUAUCGUGAUGGGUUUGGUUCGGUGGAUGCGCAGGGAAGGGGCGAGCUCUGGCUCGGGAACCAGAAUCUCCACCUACUGACGAGUCAGGGUGAGACGAUGCUUAGGGUGGAACUGGAGGACUGGGAGGGAGACGUGGCGAGCGGAGAGUACUCGGUCAGGAUCGGUUCAGAGGGGGAGGGGUUUCCUCUGCGCGUGUCCACGUACACGGGGGACGCUGGCGAUGCUCUGGGUGUCCACAGCGGGAUGAAAUUCAGCACCGUGGACAAAGACAGGGAUACCUGGGAGGGCAAUUGCGCAGAGGCUUACGGCGGUGGGUGGUGGUACUACAACUGUCAAUCGGCAAACUUAAAUGGAAUCUAUUACAAAGGCAGUUAUGAGGUUGGAGAUACGGCGCCGUAUCGGGUUGCAAACGGUAUAGUGUGGAAAACGUACAAAGCGGAGAAUUACAGUCUGAAAAGUGUGAGGAUGUUCAUUCGACCAGCUGCGUUUUAAAAUCAGAAAUCAGAAAGAAAAUCCCUCUUAAGACUUGAAAUAAAUGUUAUGAAGUGACUCAGAAGUGCUGCGGCAUUUCAACUCCCGCUCAAACAUGGUGAGUUUGUCUUCUUGUGAAACUGAAUCGAUCUGUUUGAUGUUGUUACCAAAUGUGAUGUUCUGUUCUGUGGCUGCUCUCUGCUCUAACAAUAAAGACUGGACGUUCACCUCA